GCAUUUAGACGCUACAGGCAGCUGAAAAGUUUGAGGAAGUCGUUAUUCUACAAAACACAUGCCAACAGGAAGGAACAUGUCGAGGGCAGAGAGGGCGGCUCCCUGGCUGUUGAAGAUGGCCACGUUGGCUUUGAGUAAGUCUUUCCUCUCCAUGGUAAAGGUGGACUCAGCUUCAGGUGUGGAGGAGUGUCUCUUACAGGACUGAUCAGUGUUGCCCGUCCUUCAGCCGAGCGGAGGCAGCGGCUCAGGCUGCAGAAAGAAGCAGACAUGAAUUCCUUGGAACAGGCCGAAGACCUGAAGGCAUUUGAAAGGAGACUGAUGGAGUACAUCUCCAGUUUGCAACCGGCAACACUCAGGUGGAGAAUGAUUCUGAUAGUGGUGUCUGUGUGUACGGCUACUGGGGCUUGGAAGUGGUUCAUAGACCCUGACACACAGAAGGUCUCGUUCUCUUCAUCACUGUGGAAUCAUCCCUUCUUCACAAUCAGCUGCAUCACUCUCAUAGUCCUCUUCUUUGCUGGAAUACACAGACGAGUUGUGGCACCGUCAAUUAUCGCUGCUCGAUGUCGGACAGUUUUAGCAGAAUACAACAUGUCCUGUGAUGAGACGGGGCAACUUAUUCUCAACCCAGCAGCGAACAUCCAGUAA